AGCGCGCCCGUUCGAGAAGAAUGGUGAACAUGCAUAGAAGAUUAUCAGAACUGUGUAGAAUUUGUGUUUGACUUGAGAGCUUGUAAAGUGUGCUCAUCAUGGAGAAACAGCAGAUUGUCUUGGGUAGCCGGGAUGGUGGGACUGUCUCAGGUGCAGCGCCUGCUUUUUUUGUCAUCUUGAAACCACAGCAGGGAAACGGAAAAGCUGACCAAGGAAUCCUAGUAGCGAACCGUGAUGCUUGUGCUCUUGCCAGCAGUGUAUCAACCCAAAUAAAAUCCAAAGUCAGGACCUGCCUCCCAGCUGACUGUGUCUCAGGGGGCAUUACUGUCACCCUAGAUAACAACAGUAUGUGGAAUGAAUUCUACCAUCGCAACACAGAGAUGAUUCUGACGAAGCAGGGGAGACGCAUGUUCCCAUACUGCCGAUACUGGAUUACAGGUCUGGAUGCUGGUCAGAAGUACAUCCUAGUCAUGGACAUAUCCCCUGUGGACAAUCACCGGUACAAAUGGAAUGGCCGUUGGUGGGAGCCCAGUGGGAAGGCGGAACCGCAUGUUCUCGGGCGAGUGUUUAUUCAUCCAGAAUCCCCUUCCACAGGCCAGUACUGGAUGCACCAGCCAGUAUCCUUCUACAAACUCAAACUUACCAACAAUACCCUGGACCAGGAAGGUCAUAUAAUUUUGCAUUCUAUGCACCGUUACCUGCCACGACUUCACUUGGUGCCUGCAGACAAAGCCACAGAAGUCAUUCAGCUCAAUGGCCCUGAUGUCCAUACAUUUACCUUUCCACAGACAGAGUUCUUUGCAGUUACAGCCUACCAGAACAUCCAGAUCACCCAGCUGAAAAUAGAUUACAAUCCUUUUGCUAAAGGAUUCAGAGAUGAUGGGUUGAAUGGUCGACCUCAGCGUGAUGUGAAACAAAAUAGUAACUUAGAAUUGGAAGGAGGUGAUGUUUUUAGCACAGCUGGCAUUCGUGCUCGACCUGCUGAGGUUGAUGGGCUAGAUUUACAUCAGAGAAAUUUAGAUUCUUCAUUCAUUGGUCAAAACCCAUCAGAUACUGAUCUGGACAAAGAGUCUUUUAAUGCAGAAAGGGACUUCCUGAGUUUCCUGGACACUGACCUGUCUUCGGGUGAUACGCCAAAGCUAAAACAAGAAGUCUCGGAAAGUCCCAUUGCUAGCAGUUACGAAAGCAGUUCCCAUGUGGCAUCCCCUAUGGACCCAAAUGGACACUUUAAUGUAGUCAUUAAAGAAGAACCAGUAGAUGAAUAUGACUAUGAGUCAAGUAUUUGCACUCAAGGAGUAAGUGUGAAACAGGAAGACACAGACGAAGAGACUGAUGAGUAUUCCAAUACUGAUGAUGAUGAUGAUCCCAUCCUACAAAAACACCUGAUGAAAUGCAGUGAAGCAGAUGAAACUGAUGGAGAAUUCAGGUCCAGGAAGCGCAUGCUAGCCAGUCCAUCAGGUGUUGCUAAAGCAAAAAUGCUGAAACUGGAUAGUGGGAAGAUGCCUGUGGUCUAUCUGGAACCUUGUGCAGUCACAAAGAGCACAGUAAAGAUAUCUGAGCUGCCGCAGACCAUGCUUUCCUCUUGCAAGAAGGAUAAAUCCCCUUUUAGUGCGAUACUGGAUUCCAUGCCUGUGUGUUUCGAAAAUCACAAAGGCUCUUGCUCAGGCACAGCCACUGUAACUGAGGAGUUAGUUAUGAAAAAAGAGUCUCCCAGGAGUAAAAUGGCACAGAAAUACUCUUCGAUCAGAGAGGCCCAGUGGGCUCUAUCUAAAUCGCCUAAUUUUAAUCUCAGGGGCUCAGUAAGUUGUCAUUUUUCAGCUAAAGAGAUCUGUGGAAGAAAAAGGCCUGGCAUACUGAAGAAUCCUAUGUCCCUGAAAGGCUCUGGUAACAAUCAAAACACUCUAUCAUCAGUUACAACUAAAAGGGGAAGGCCACGGAAACUGAAAAUCUCUAAGGCUGGUCGUCCACCUAAAGGUAUAGGGAAGACUGUGAUAACAAGCAAGAACAGCUCUCUGGGGCCUGGGAGUAUCCUUCCAGAUGUUAAGCCAGACCUUGAAGAUGUUGAUGGAGUCCUCUUCGUGUCCUUUGCAUCAAAGGAAGCUCUUGACAUUCACACUGUUGAUAGAGCUGGAGGAGAAGAGACGCAGAAUCUCCAGGCUCCCUUGUUGACUACAAAUGAUCCAGACUGUCAAGCAAGAAUACAAGUACUGGAGAAGGAAUUGAUGGAAGAGCUGAAGACUUUGAGGCAUAAGCAAGUAAUACAUCCUAGCCUUCAGGAAGUGGGACUGAAGUUGAAUUCUGUGGACCCAACAAUGAGCAUUGACUUGAAAUACUUGGGUGUGCAGCUUCCUCUUUCCUACUCAAACUAUGCUUUGUGGAGCUAUCCAGGACCCAAUCCCAAUUCUCCAGAUACCGGAUUUCCUUUUGUUUCCAGGACAGGAAAGACAAAUGAUAUCACAAAAAUCAAGGGCUGGCGGGGGAAGCUUCAUGGUGCUACUAGAAAUGAAGGUGGCAGUUCAGAAGGUUCCUUGAAGAAUCGCUCGGCAUUCUGUAGUGACAAGCUGGAUGAGUACCUGGAAAAUGAAGGGAAAUUGAUGGAAACGAGUAUGGGAUUCUCUUCUAGCACUCCCACUUCUCCUGUGGUGUAUCAGCUUCCCACUAAGAGCACUAGCUAUGUGCGAACACUCGACAGUGUUUUAAAGAAGCAGUCCACUGUAAUUCCAUCAACAUCUUACACGUUCAAGCCUGUCCCUCUGUCAUCGACCUCUAGGAAGACAAAAACUCAAACCAGACAGACAUCUACAAGCAGCAGAGUAAAAUCAUCUUACAAACCUAUACUGCCUUCACCUUUUCUUGCAAAGCAGAAACAGAACGCUUCAUCAGGGGAAAAGGCUGCUAAGUCUGUCUCAAAUAGCAGUUUGACUAACCAAGCAGAUAGUUUCAUGGUGCCAGCUCUGGAUGAAAACAUACUUCCAAAACAGAUUAGUUUGCGCCAUGCACCACCACAACAAGCAGCUCGUCCGCCAGGUUUGUCUAAAUCUCAGGUGAAGUUAAUGGACUUGGAAGACUGUGCUCUCUGGGAUGGCAAACCACGGACCUAUAUUACAGAAGAACGAGCAGACAUCUCUUUGGCCACCCUGCUUACAGCUCAGGCUUCUCUCAAAAACAAGCCUAUCCACAAAAUAAUAAGACGACGAGCACCUCCUUGCAAUAAUGAUUUCUGUCGACUGGGUUGCAUAUGUGCCAGUCUAGCCCUGGAGAAACGUCAGCCUACCCACUGCCGCAGGCCAGACUGUAUGUUUGGCUGUACUUGCUUGAAGAGAAGAGUGUUGCUGGUGAAGGGAGGAUCGAAACAUAGGAAAAUAAUGAAAAAGGCUGUGCGUGGAAAUCUUGUGUUCUAUGGAACACAAGAAGAACAGCAAGAGGAUGAAGAUGUGGAAGAAGAGGGGAUGGGGGAGGAAGAUGAGCUGAAGCAGAAAGAUAAGAAGAAGAGGAAAAGGGUUAGAAUACAGUGAGUAUUGUGGGGCAUAACUAUCUGUGACUCGGAGCCAGAACAGCCUGUUAGGAAUUGUCCACUGUGGGUGAAAGUAGAAGGUGAAAUAGAUCCAGAGCCAAUUUACAUCCCAACACCAUCUGUUAUUGAACCAGUUAAAUCUGCAGUACUGCCCAACCCAGAAGUUGUGCUUUCUAGUAAGCAUAAAUCCUCCAGUGGAAUGAAACCAGGCAGAGUGUAUACUCCUAAACCCAAUCCAGUGAUUCGAGAGGAGGACAAGGAUCCUGUCUACUUGUACUUUGAAAGUAUGAUGACUUGUGCAAGGGUCCGAGCAUAUGAACGCAAGAAAGAGGAGAAAAAGCAACCAAAAGACAAAAGUGAUUCACAGAGUUCUAGUAUAAAGGAUCAUGAACCAGAGCUCCAGUCUCCUGAGAAAGCAACAUGUGAGGCAGAGAAAGACACUGAUAAAUCAGGAGAGAAAAGCUGGUGGUCUUCCCGUAGUGAGGGGGACUCUUCCUCCACCUCCUAUGUUCAUCACACCACUCCAGGUGAACCAACCAAACUUAUCGAGAUUAUCUCUGACUGCAACUUGGAGGAAGAUCACAAUAAGAUCUUGAACAUCUUAUCACAGAAUAUCAACAGUAACGCACCACAGUGCCUCAAAGUGGGUAGCUUCAUUAUUGAAUUGGCUUCGGAACACAAGGCCCAGGAUGAGAACCACCCUCCUGUCUACUCCUCCAGAGUGAAAAUUUCAGUGCCGUCCUACCAGGACAAGGACGAGAAGCCUGAGACAUCUGUCUUGGAGACUCCUGAUAGUGGAGUGCCAUCACGCAAGAACCCAGAAAAUCUAAAGUUCUUGCGGGCAGACACAUUGGACAAACUGCAGGAGAAGUUGCAUGGGGGCAAAGGCUUGCCUUUUUAUGCAGGGGUUUCUCCUGCAGGAAAGCUGGUCGUCUACAAACGCAAAGCUAAUAUGAGCCCCUCGGGCUUGAUUCAGGUUAAUGAUAAAAGGUAUCCUCAGGCCAAACUGCUUUUGGGACAGAUGGGGGCAUUACAUCCCGCCAAUCGGCUAGCAGCUUAUAUCACAGGCAGGCUGCGACCCACAGUACUUGAUAUCUCAACCCUCAGUACUGUGAUCUUCAAGGUAGCAUCCAAUGCUAAAGCAGCUGCUUCUGGGACACCAUCAGUCCAGGUGCCCACAACAUCAACUCCCAAAACUACAUCUUCCACCAGCACUACUUCAACCCCCACUGUGACGACUCUGAAAACCCAUGUCCCAGCACAGAGACAGAUAGCUGCCCGACCCUCACCUGGUGGUGUGUUCACACAGUUUGUGAUGAACAAAGCUGGAGCUCUACAGCAGAAGGUUCCUGGAACAAGCACACGCCAGCCUCUGUCAGGGCCGCAGAAGUUCAGUAUCAAGCCCACGCCGAUAAUGGUGGUUGCUCCUGUGCUUCCCUCAAGGCCAUCUCCAGCUCAGUGCACGGUUUCUCCUGGGGUCACUGCAGCCACCACCACUUCUCCAGUUAUUGUGGAAAGCACCAAUAUGGCAGUGUCUACUGUAACCACUCCUAGUCAGACAAGAGCUAAUGAACCUGCUGGCUCUCCUCCUGCAGUUACGGUCACAACUGCUCUGGCAACAUCUGGAGUCAACACUGGUACUACUCCCUCAUCCACCCCUCCUACUGCUACUGUGAACGUAACAAAAGCAACAGGGAUCGUUGCACCAGUAGCAGCCGUGUCAUUCCCCAAAACCGUGGUAACACCACCAGCUGUUACUUGUCCUGUUGUCACAACAUCCACUUCAACAGUUGUACUGACAACAACUGCAACAGUUACAUCUGUGGUGACCACACCAACUUCUUCUGCUGGCUCUGUUCCAAUUAUGCUGUCAGGAGUUAAUUCAAGUCCUUCUCUGAAUCCAAAAAGAGAAGAUGCUACUCCACAGGCUGUAAGUAAGACUCCCCAGAAGAUGUCUCCUGGAGCAGAGAAACGUGUAGGACCUCGAUUGUUGCUGAUUCCAGUGCAUCAGACAUCCCCUGCUUUGCGACCUCUAAACAACAUGCAGCUUGCUCAGAGGCAGAGGAUGAUCCUUCAGCCUCUCAGGAGCCCUGGUGGUGUGAACCUGUUCAGACAUCCUAAUGGGCAGAUAAUUCAGCUUGUCCCUCUGCAACAGUUUCGAGCUGCAGGUGCCCAGCCCAGCGUGCAGCCAGUGAUGUUCCGCAAUCCAGGAUCUGUUGUAGGAAUCCGGUUACCUGCACCUUCUAAGCCUCCCGAGUCACCUGUGUCUCCCACUUCCUCUGUGUCUUCCACUUCUCCUGCUGCAAAUCCAGCUGUACAAGCUGCAGCACCCAAGUUAUCCCCUACAUCCAACACAGCCACUCAAGCAUCUUCUCUUCCUCCUUCAGUAACAAGUUUUGUGUCACAAGCAGGCACUCUGACUCUGAGGAUCUCUCCUCCUGCUGCUAGCAGUGUGACAAAUCAGACAGCCUCUGAGUCUAAAAUGAACUGCAGCUCAGGUGGUCUGCCAGCUACGGCUGCUAAUCUCAUACCUUUACAAUCUGGCAGUUUUGCUUUACUUCAGCUCCCAGGACAGAAGACUGUGCCAAACUCCAUUCUGCACCAUUUUGCAUCUCUUCAGAUGAAGAAGGAUUACAGGAAAAUAUGCAAGAAAGAGGAGUUGGGUGCUGCUCAGCAGAAGGAAAAUGAGAAGGCUUCACGCUCAGAUGAUGCUGAAGUUACAGAGUCUGAGGUCACAGCGUCCGAUAGGAAACAAGAAGAAAACGAAUUGGGAGUUAACCAGUCAAAUAAUGUUGAAGAGUCAGCAUCUGGCACAGCCACACCUGAUAGAAAUUCUGUUACGUUAGAGAUGGUAGAGGAGGACUCCAAGGUGCUAGAGAGUUCGUGUGAUGAUAGCUUUUCUUCUCAGCCUGAUGUUUCUGCAGAUGUCGUGUCGUCUGACCAUUCGUACAUCAGCGAGAAGCCAAAUGAUGAGGAAGAAAAAGGGGCUUCUGAGGGGCAAGAGGAUUCUGUCAGUUCUGAAACUCUGGUGGAGGCUGUUUCAACUAACUCUGAAACUGUUUAUGGGCCAUCAGAUCAGCAGCCUCCAGUUGCUCCUCAGGGUAAUAAUGCGCACCCACGGAGUCUUGAGAAUCAGGAGACUGCACAGUUGAAGAACCACAGGAAGGAACAAAUACAUGACGAACAGGAAGGGAAACCAGUAAAAGAGUGGGAAGGAGAUGCACGGACACAGGUGGAGGAGCACAGCCAGGCAAGUUCUGGGCAGUCACAAGGUCAGCAAGACCAAGAUACGCAGCUGGAGAGCAAGGAGGAGCAGAAAGAGACUGAACUGUCUCGGAACAAAGAAGAAUGCCAGGGUGAUGCUGUGCAGCCAGAUACGGAAAGGAAGGGGCACACGGACUGCACAGAAUCAGGAAGCAUAAGAGGGAGAACAGGCAGCAAGUCUGACAGCAGUCCGGCGGAAGAGCAGCAGGAUAAUGCUUCAGGAGGACAGCAUGCCGUCAGUACCAAGGAAGGUGAAGCAGGCAGUAACAACAAAGAACAAGGUGCUUUUGAUCCUCAGGAAGCAAUGAAAACAGGUCAUGAUAUUGUAACGCAUGUCAACAGUUCUUGGAGCAAAAUAUCUAGCAUUGUACCUGCCUUAGAAAAUAAAAGUGAGGCAGAUAACAAAGCUGAUGUAUCUGAGAAAAGUGACUUCCUGACACCAGAACAGAGGGCACAGGAGCCUAGGCAUCACAAAAAGGGCUACGUGCCCACUGUUGAUAUAACUGCUGAUGAUAUGGAAGAAGAAGAGGAGGAAGACGAUGAUGAGGAUGAAGAGGAUGAAAAAACUGAUGAUUCUGCUGAUGAGAUGCUGGAUGGUGCUUCUGACUUCCCAAGUGAAGAGGAAGUAGAUGUUGAAAAAGUGGAUGCGUGUGAAUACAGUGAGGAUGGCGAGCAGGUGGACAUUGAGACCGUGGAGGAGCUUUCAGAGAAGAUUAACAUUGCCCGUCUGAAGGCCACAGCUGCUAAUAUCCAACCUUCCAAACAGAAAUACCAUGCUCGUAAUUCUUCGGAUGAAAAAUUAUCAGAAAAACCUACGAAGCAGAAACGUCAACUCUGGCACAGAAAGCUGAAGACUGAGGCAGAAGCCUUUGCUCAUUACCGCCAGACACACACAGCAAAUGAACGCCGGCGUCGUAAUGAAAUGAGAGAUCUCUUUGAGAAGCUGAAGAGAACUCUGGGGUUGCACAACCUUCCCAAGGUCUCCAAAUGCUACAUUCUCAAGCAAGCCUAUGAAGAAAUCCAAGGAUUGACUGAUCAGGCAGAUAAAUUUAUUGGACAGAAGAACUUACUGACACGCAAACAAGAUGUUUUGAUUCGAAAAGUAUCCACGCUUUCAGGGAAGACAGAAGAGGUUGUCCUGAAGAAGCUAGAAUACAUUUAUGCCAAACAAAAAGCAGUAGAAGCACAAAAAAAGAAGAAACAAGCUGAGCCGGAGGAAUCUGUUGUAACCUCAACUGCUAGCGCACAGCAAGAAGGAUCUUCUGCUCCCUCCAGAGAGCUGGCCCAAAUGACUAUGACAAAUAGGAGAGGCAAGCCACUGAUACUCGCCAGGAAAGGAGCCCAUGCCACAGAGGACACCCCAUCCUCUCUCACGCUGACUGCUGCAAGCCUGGUGAUGACGCCGCAGGGGCAGGUGCUCACCCUGAAGAGCCCGCUGGUCCCGGGGCAGGUAGCAGCUGUGCCUUCCACGCUGCUGCAAGCCGAGUUAAAGCCUCGCACCGUCAGUACUGCCAUGACAGCACAACCAGGUAUUGCUUCUGUGAUGAUUCAGCUCCCAGGAUCAACAGUUCCUGUCCAAGUAAAAGGAAUCCUUACUAACUCUACCAUUCCCAUUACACUGUCAACUGUUGCUGGAAACCCAGUGCCCUCAACAGUAGUGUCAGCCACAGAGCCCCAUUCAGAAAGCGAAGAUUCCUUCAUGAUGCCCAAGAUUGUUAACGUAACAUCGCUGGCUGGUGAGGGAAGCAUGAGUCUAAACCUGAACAGAAGCAAAAAUUCUAAUGUAACAACAGCUGCAGGUACUCAGGCUUGCGAGAAAUCCUUGGCUGUAACACCCCUUGAAAGUAGAAAGAGCGGUAGUGUCCUUUCAGAAGAAAAAGCCAAACCAUGUGCUGGAGACAGCGGCGGAGAUGGAAGAAAUACCACAGGCCCCACAAAAGUUUUAUUUGAAAAUAAAGAUGCCUUUCCACAGCUCCGGAACGUGUCAUCCACAAAGGAACCUCCAGAGUCCUUUGGCAAAAAGCUCUGCAUCGGUGACUUUGUAGGAAGCCAAGCCAGGAAGAAGGACGGUGACUCCGCAGGGGAAAGAUUAAAAUCUAAAGAACUGCCGUUCCGCAAGCUGCAGAUCAAGGAUUCCCGGAUAGAAGUGGAACUGAGGAAAGUAGCAUCCGCAAUGGAGGAAGCAGAACUGGAUCCAAGUGAGUUACUGAGCAGCAUCGAGGAGAGCGAUGACACCGAUGAAACCCUCACGUCACUGCUCAAUGAGAUUGCCUUCCUCAACCAGCAGCUGAACGACGAUGCUUCAGCCAUGUCGGAACUGCCCAGCACCCUCAACUCGGAAUUCUCUCAUGAGGAUGCAGAGGCUCGUCGGGGGGCAGCCAGUGAUCUCGGUGCUGCAGAUGGGUCUGCCUUCCAAUUUGGCCAUCUGGGAGGCAGUUUUAAGGACCUUUCUGAAGUUUCAGAGGGUGGUGGCUCUAUAAGUCCCCUCUUGCUGCACCUGGCAGAUGAUGACCUUACUGACGGGGACAAGAACUCUGGGGAGCCUUCAUCUGAAGCAGACGUUUUAAAGAUAGUAAUAGGUACCGAAAUGAAGGAUCCGCUUCCCAGCCUGUCCAUAACCAGUGGCGGGAAUGGCAAAACCGUCACGACCUUGGCAGAGGCCAGUAACGUGACUCCACCGGUUUUGCAGAUGAAGACGAACCCAGAAGCCGGUAGUGCUGACGCGUUGUGGAGGCCCAUGCCCAAGCUGGCGCCGCUUGGAUUGAAAGUGGCAACUCUGCCAGUGGACUCGGAAGGGCAGAGUAAUAAAGUGAUGCCCUUGUUGGCGCCUGUAGUUGCAAAAUUGGCACCCAGUGGGGCAAAAACUUCGUUAUCCACAACUGUUCAAGACGGACAGGAUAACAAAGUGAUGCCCAUGUUAGCACCUGUGGUUACGAAACUGAAUACUGCUGGGACCUUGCCUUCAAAUUCAGCAAGCAAAUAAAGGCAUCUAUUUUUUAUCAGAGACUGGAAUGGAGAUGUGGAGCGGUGUUGGAGUUCGGCAGCCUCCCUUGUCUGCAGCGCUCGUUUUCUGUAUGGCAUCGGCACUCUGUUCAUCUGAGGGCAGGCCCCAGCUUGAGAAAUAAGUGCUGUGAAACUUUAUGCAUUUUUACCUCACGGUUGUAUUCUGGGUGUUCUCAUUCCCCUUCACAAAACAAAGAUGGUCCUUAACCAUUGCUGGGCACUGGUAUCCUUCCAAAAUUGGGUCCUUCACACAAAUAGUUUGUCAAAGGACUGAGAAAUCUGGGCUGUUGAAAGAGACACACACACACAUCCCCGCAGGGAGGCAGCUGUCUUGUUUGGGGGGGAAAAUCUGAAUUACUUGUUUUUGUACCAGGCAAAUUAUCUAUGCAGAAAUGGGAUUGUUCACAUUCGCUGGUUUUAGUGUUUGCAGAACAUGAUGAAUGUGCAGAAAUGAGACUGCGGUUACGCUCAAACUUGUUACCUAGAGCAGCAGGAGGGAAACCUGAGACUGUGCAGAGGGCUGCAGUGGAAAGGUUUUGUUCUUUGGUGCUAGAUAGUUCUCUGGCAGAGACUCUCUUUAGGAGCUUAUGCACAGAAGAUUUUAAUAAACAUCUAUAACUCACUACAUGGGAAUCCCGUUUCCCAGUGUAAUUAGAAGUAGGGCAGUAUGUUAACUUUAAUAAAACUACUAAAAAGAACCCUCACUGUCACCUCCUGCCCCUAUACGAAUACUCCCUCCUUUGAUGCAUAGGAAGGAAAAAUCACAAGGAGCAGAAGCAGAUUUGGGCACCCUGUUGCUAUGUCUUUAAAUACAUUGCUGAAAUAGCUUGAGUGUUUUCCCAGUUCUUGUUUUCUUUCCUCCUGUCGUUCUCCGAGAUGUAUUCGGUGGCUAGGAAUGUUCAUAGGAAGAAGCGUUGCUUUGUAAAAGUACAGAACACUUUCAGCUUUCAGGACUGUUGUAGCCUAGUGUGAAUGAGCGAGGUGUAUAUGUGAAUGUACAUAUGAAAAUAUGUGAAUAUCUUUCCAAACCUUCCAUUUCUUUAUAAAUUCAGGAAAGGUACUCAGAGGUUUCUCACUGCAUUUGCACAAGUUGUGUAUAGCAAAAAAAGUCAACAAAAAUGCUCAUUACCAGGGAAAUAGGGCAGUAUUGAAUCACAAGAUGUAUUUUUUAUUCUUCUCUGCCACUGCUUACUCAAUAACCUGUAGAUACUCUUCACCGUUCAGCUGUUGGAUGUGAAGGGCCUGCAGACUGUAAAGAUAUUUAUAUUUUUGUACACAACUUUUGUUUUCAUAGUUUUCUUGAGAAAUUAAAUUUUCAGCCUAGGAGAGAUGAUUUGUUAAUGAGUGUAUACACAAUCUUUUUCCUAUCGAGUUUGUAAAUAUGAUUUAUGGUGCGCUUGAGGGGCUUCUUAACUGCUCCGAAAAGGUAAAACACGUCGCCAUGAAAAUGACAUAGAAUUUGGUGGGUGGUGCAUUUCGAUUUAUGUUAGGAAUGUAAUCCCCUGUCUUACUGUUCCAGCAAUGGCAGCUGGGUGCCCACCCCCCACCCCCCAGAUCCCUCAUCUCUGGCAGUAACGCAGGAAUUUGCUCUCUCCAGCGCGGAGGCUGCGCGGGUGUUGCGAGGGGUGUUCUGCCACGCGGGGGGAGCAGCGUUUGUGCGCAGCACGGCUGCGCGGCCUGUUCAGUGAGCCGCGUGUUCUGGGUCUGUCUGGGUGGGAUCCGUCAGGGGAUACACACACCUGGGGUGUUUCCUCGUCUGUUUUAUGAUACCGUGCUGCAGAGGGGAGAAGCCCUUCAAGCUGGGUUUGCGUACAGUUACUCCAGAGCCCACGUCAAAAAGGUUCCUCACCUGGCCAUUCUGAAUGGCGUGUUUUAAAGCAGUCGUGUUCAUUGCCUUUUGCGUAUUUACUGGUUUAAUAUUUGAUGCAAGUCCUCCAUUCGUGAUUUGGAAAAGGGGAGUACAGGUCACCAUGAGUGUCCUGCAGGGUCGUAUGGUUGUCAGUGAAUGCCUUAGAAAAAGGAAUUCACAACAUGAAUCAAGUAUUUAGACAUGCGUGGCUUAUUAUCAAAGAAUUUUAACCUUAUCUUAAACCAGUGGAAAUCUGGAGUAACUGAACGAGUUUAGUAGCACUGCAUCAGAUUUAAAUUCAUUUAUCUGGGAAAUCUGGUUCUGAGCAUUUCUGAUAGGCUGAAGUUGCUCAUUUUAAUACCUACGGCCCCGUGUUCGACCAGUAGAUUGUGUUCCUCCUACGUGUGAAACAGCAGCCGGAACGGUGCUGCGAUGCUGUUCAGAUUCCUAAUCCCUGACCUUUCUUUCUGCACCUCAUCCUUCUGUGGUUCCAAAUGGCUGAUUUUAAGUACGGAAUUGUGCGCUAAUCGUACCUGAGUAGCUUUUUUAAAGAAGCACGUGUGCUUUGCAUACUUUGUGGGACAGAGGAAGCGCUGUAACGUGAAAACCAUUCGAACAUUAUCUAAAAUAAAUGCUGUACUUUUGAGUAUUUGCCCAUUAUCAAGGUAGUGGAAAAUGCCUGGAUGUGUUUACUGUUUGGCACUGGGCAGUGAAGAAUUUGACUGCAGUAGAAACGUACUGUGUAACGCUGGCAGCAAAAACGUUUGGUUCCUGAAUGUGAUUACUGAAUUAACUACGAACAGACACCACAUUUGGCCGCAAAAAGCGGUAGUUGGUGCGGUUCUGGGAGGGGUCUGUGAUGGGUUCUGCCAGGCAACAAAGCGCGUUUGAAAUGGUCCUCGUCUUUGCUCCCCUUGUUCCACCGUCUCAUGUCCGCAGCUUGAUUUUUUUGCUUUGAGUUUAAACGCUGACUCCUUUUUCGCUCCUCCCUCAAGCUCCCACUGGUGUUGAACAUACUUUUCAAAAAAUACCUAUGCUGUCUUUUGAGGCAAUAAUGCGAGAGUGUGACGUGUAAUGAGAAGACUUUAGAAUGAGGAGAAGAAAGGAAACCCCUGCAAGGCGCACGUUUUCACUAGACCAAGAGACCCGGAGAUUUUCUUUGUUUUUUACACAUCUGUAAAUAGACUGGAAUGUUUUUAAGAAUAUAAUGAAAUGUCAGAUUUAGCUUUUUUCCUUUUAUAUAUUAAAAUAUAUCUUUCCCUCUUUUCUGCUUUUGAAAAAUUGAUAUUUUUGUAGAAAUCUUAACAGUACAGGACUCAAAUAACUAUAUGUGAGGGACAAAGUGUAAAACUAAAAUAAACCAACUGAGGUCGACUAGAAA